UUCUUUCUAUACGUAUUUCUCCAACAUUCUGACUCCAUGACACUUUCUAUUUUCUUCCGUACUGUAGUCGGUUCCGUCAAACAGUUUUCUGUACCUGUAUUCAACAGUAAUCUCCGGUCAGCUGCUUGUGCGCCAAAAAAGACAUUCGCAUUCUCUGCAGCCAUGGCAAACUGUGUGCGCGAAAUCGAAGGUGACCUCUUUAGCGCUCCCAAGGACCACUCGCUGGCACACUGCGUGGCCGCUGAUCUAAAGAUGGGCGCAGGCAUCGCGGUCAGGUUCAAGCAACUGUACGGCAAGGUGGACGAACUUAAGGCACAAAACGUUGGUGUCGGUGGAGUGGCCAUGUUGGCCGAUGGGUCGCAGCGAUACGUUUACUAUCUCAUUACCAAAAAAACUUACAACCUGAAACCUACGUACGAUGAUCUGACCAAGUCAUUGCAGGCCAUGAGAGAGCAUAUGGCAAAGAAUGGUGUCGAAAAGUUGGCCAUUCCUCGCAUUGGGUGUGGUAUCGAUGGACUCGAGUGGAACAAAGUGAAAGACAUCCUGAACAACGUUUUCGGUGAGAGUGGUUCGUACGAAAUCGUCGUCUAUAAUUUUGUACCGAAAUGAUCGUUUUGCUGAAACGCUCCACACCGAAUGUUCCUUACGUGUGAAGAAUACUCAAGCAAAUUAGUAAUAAAAGACAGA